AGCAAUUCUAAAAGCUCCUUUACGAUGGGUAAACGAAAGCGUGGCACUAAUAAGGCUGGCACAAAUGGCAGUCAUCCUACUCAAAAACGGGCGAAGAUUGAUCAACCUCUUCAGAAUGGUACCGAAGCAACAUCUCUUGAUCUUGAAAAGUCGCCGUUUACCGAGACUUUAGAUGGAGAGGCUCGAAGACGGGAAGCGAAAGUAUAUGAACUACUUGGCAGUGCUGACAGCGAUGAACGAAUUGCUUCCGCCGAUGCUCUUAUCACCGGACUACUGGCCUCGUCGGAGACAGCCCUUGAGAGACAUCUCGACCACCGCCUGUUCCGUGGGUUGGCUAGCUCGCGGAAUGCGUCGCGAGUAGGUUUCAGUCUUGUUAUAACCGAGUUACUGAAUCAAUUAUUCGGAUCCAAGGACCUGGCCAAGUCAAAAUAUCCUGGCUUGACAUUCGACAAAGUCUUGAACAUUUUAGUGGAGAAGACUACAUCCAGUGGCCAUGUUCCCGGCCAGGAGGAAAGGGACUGCUAUUUUGGUCGCCUGUUUGGUCUUCAAUGCUUCGUGGAAUCUAAAGUUCUCUUUGAUGAUGAGACAAGAUGGCCGAAGGUCCUAGAAUUGCUUUUAGAGAUGGCAGAUAAGAAGGUCUGGAUACGAUCGCAUUCUGCAUGGGUUAUUGUCGAGUCGCUACCCCAGAUGGGACAGGAUAGAGCGGAGGAAACGCUCCAGCAACUGUCCGAUAUUGGUCUUGGCAAGACUGCAGAGGGUAUCGGUAUCUGGAUGAAGGCGCGAAGUUGCUAUCCCGGCUUGAAGACACCCGCAAAGCCUUGGAACGAUCCUAUGAGUCCCGGCGUUCUACCCGAAGUUGCCCGAGUGCUGAAGGAUAAUGUGGCCCAAGAUAACGGAGAUGAUGCUGCGAUCACAAAAGCCAAGCAAGGGGGGUGGACUGCACAGUUGCACUUUGUCUGGGAUCUCAUACUUGCGACCUUCGUCGGACAAGAUGCUGGUGAAAAGGGGAGAAAAGAUCAGUUGAAGCUUUUCUGGACGACUGUUAUUGAUGAUGGGCUCUUCUCUAAAAAUGCUUCUGACGCACAGAAAUUCCGCGGAUUCGUCAUAUUCCAGAAAUUCCUUCAGGGAUUCGCAACAGACAACCCUAAGUUGGCCAGAGAAUUGUUCACUCGAAAUUUGAUGAAGUGUUUGAUGAACCAAGCUGCGAAAGAAGACCGGUAUCUUCAUCGAGCUGCGCUGAAAAGCCUUCAAUCGAUGGAGAAAGCUGUGCAGGCUUCUCCCGAACUCCUAUUGCCAGUCCUCAAGGAGGUUCUUGGAAAACACGGAGUUUAUGACUUUGACCAGCGAACCAAUACCAAGACAAUCGAGAAUCUGCUACAAUGGGUUACACCGGACGAUGCGAAGACGGUUCUCAAGCUUCUUCGAGAUUCUGUCAUCAUCGCAAAGGACAAUGAAUCCUCCGACAUCGAGAAAUUCAGACAAGUCUACGCCGGUUAUGUGUCAAAAUUAGCAACACAGGCUAAACAGGUUCCUGAAGCCUCUGAUAAUGACGACGAUGCUAUCAACAUUGCGGAGCUUAGUGUAAAAGAACUGGCAGCAUGCGCGUAUUCGACACAGCCACAAUUCAAACCUGAUCUUUCAGAUAAGUCAAGGGAGGCUUUCCGCAGAUUACUUGCACAUACGAUUGGAAAGGUUAUGCAGCGGCGAGACGACGCCGAGUACUUAUGCAACGUCGUAAUCUCAGUCGAACCUACGGCAGUGAGCAUGAGCGAAGAAAUAAACGCUGAGCAAGCGAGCGCAUUAAAAGCUAUGCGGAAAUGGCUUAAAGCUGGGAAAAAAUCAGAUGAUAAGUCAGGGGCAUCUACUGGCCUUGCUCUACUAUACGCCAUCGCUAUCCUACAACUAUAUGAUGGGGCACCGGAUGCAAUCAGCAUCCUCCAAGAUCUAGAGCGAUGCUCGGAAAAGAUGAAAAGCAAGGAGAGCGGGAGCUCGGAGCUCUUGGUGGAAAUAUUGCUAUCGUUAGUCUCUCGGCAGUCACCUAUGAUGAGACGGAUCGGCGAGCGGGUCUUCGAGAUAUUUACUUCGCAAAUAUCGGCCGAGGCUCUUAAUCUUCUAAUAGAGCCACUUGUUGCAGAGGAAAACGAAAAGGGGUACCAAGCUCUAUUUGAGAAUCUUGACGAUGAGGACGUGGAAAUGGAUGAUGCCGAGGAUUCGGGUUCGGAUGAGGAAGUUGAUGAUGUGGAAGAAGACGAAAUGUCGGAAAUUGGCUCUGAUGUUGAAUUCGUUACUUUGAACGGCGAAGAGGCUGCGGAUGAUGAGGACGAAAACGAAGACGAAGAUAGUGACGAGGACGAGGAUAACGAGCAAGACGAUGCUAAUGCCAAGGAGCUCGCAGACCUUGACGACGCCCUCGCUAAAGUUCUAGGGAGCCAUCGUCUAGACAAAGACAAAGAAGCCGAAUCGUCAGACAAUGACUCCGACAUGACAGACUCGGAGAUGAUAGCGCUAGACGAGAAGCUCGUCGAGGUCUUCAAGCAGCGCGUUAAGAAAACUGGGAAGAAAAAGGAGAAAAAAGACGCUAAGGAAUCUGUUAUCAUGUUUAAGCACCGCGUCCUCGACCUCAUCGCCCUGUACCUUAAGCACGAGGUCACGGGCCUCCAGUCCUUCCUCCUCCUCCCCCCCCUACUCGAACUCGCACGCACUACCACCGCCAAACCCCUCGUCAACAAGGCCGCUGCAGUCAUCGAUAGUUUUGCUAAGGCGGCUAAGAAAGCGCGCUCUACCUCCACUAUUAGCAAAGACGACUCGGACGAUUACGACCCUACCGCUAUGCUCGCCCUUAUGGACGACAUCCACGCGGAGGCCGCGAAAGAUCCGUCCCACGCGUUCGUCAGGGCCGCGUCUGCGGCUUCUCUGCUCGUCGCUUCGAGCUUGGUCGCUGAUGACGAUGAGGAUCUUGUGGACUAUGUUAAUCAAGGAUAUGCGACGACGUUUGCGAGGUGUCAAAGAGGCGAGGCGAAGAUCCCCGGACUCUUUUUCACGGAUUGGAUUAAUUGGGGGAUGGGACGGGCGGCGAACGCGAACGCGGGUGCGGGUUCUGGUGGUGUCGGAGGUACCGGAGAAGCCGGAGGACAGGUAUAGGGGUCGUGGAGGUGUCGCAAGGACGGGUGAUUCGGCGGUCGGAGGUUCGAGGUAUGUAGUGGAACGUAAUUCGAGUGCUGUCUUUACUAGAUUCUACCGGUCGCAUGAGUUCUUGGUCUCUAUCUAGGAGGUAGGACCCGUCGGAGAAUAGGGAGAAAGUUGAUUUGUACGUGACCUUCUUUUAGGUAGGAAUCACUGCUCUUGUGCUUUCCCCGCACUUCAGC